GCGGUUGACAACACCUCGAUGACGUCACACAGGAGGAAGCACAAAACAAGAUGGCGUCUGGCGGAGAAUACGUUGUUUUGGUUAUUAUGGUUUCUAGGUCUUAAUUACAACGUACAUGUGCACAGGUGUGUCGUUUAACGCGGUAAACGUCCUUAUUAAUUGUUUGUAUGCGGAUACAUUAGUCUGAGUGCACUUUGACGUGCUAGCCUAGCCUGCUGGUUAGCUUAGCUUGUUAGCUGCUAACAAAGAGAGGCGGAAGUGAUCGACACAUCAAAGCAGAGAUCCAAUACGUCUGUGAAGAACAUCUUCACCCUCAGCAACAGAAGUGGAGCUUCAGGAUGCAGACGGAGGAGCCACAGCCCUCCCACAUUAAGAAGGAAGAGGAAUACCUUCAGAUCUCCCAUUUUAAAAAGGAAGAGGAAAACCCACUAAUCCCCCAGUUUAAAGAGGAAGCGGUGGAUCCACAGAGCCCACACAUUAAGGAAGAAGAGGAGGACCCACUGACCCCUCACAAUAAAGAGGAAGAGGAAGAACACAGCAUCAAUCAGCAGGGAGAGCAUCUUGAAGGACUGGAGGAGGUUGAUGUCACCAAGAUGCCAGUGACUGGUGUCCCUGUGAAGAGUGAAGGUGAUGAGGUGAAAGGUGAAAGUGAGGAGAGGGGAGGGGGGGAGCCUCCAAGCAGCAGCUCAACACAACACAUGACAACAGAAGCUGAUGGAGACCACUGUGGAGGAUCACAAGCAGACAAGCUCUUAGCUCCACUAUCAGAUAGUGAGGACACAACGUCACACUCUCCUGACACUGAUGAUGAAGACUCUAAAGAUGAUAAGACAUGUCACACUGACAACACUCACUUCACAUCUUUUCACUGUCACAAAACCUUUAAAUACCAUUGUCGUCUGAAAAGACACAUGAGAACACACACUGGAGAAAAACCUUUUAUCUGUUCAAUAUGUGGUAAUGGUUUUACACAAAGUUGGAGUUUGAAAUUGCACAUGAGAAUACACAGUGGUAAAAAACAUUUUGUCUGUUCAACCUGUGGUAAAGGUUUUACACAAAGUACAGAUGUGAAAAUACACAUGAGAACACACACUGGUGAAAAACCUUUUUCCUGUACAACCUGUGGUAAAGGUUUUACAGAAAGUCAAAAUUUGAAAAGACACAUGAGAACACACACUGGUGAAAAACCUUUUUCUUGCUCAGAAUGUGGUAAAGAUUUUGUUCAAAGUAAACAUUUGAAAGUACACAUGAGAACACACUGGUGAAAAACCUUUUUCUUGCUCAGAAUGUGGUAAAGGUUUUGUACAAAGUCCCCUUUUAAAAGUACACAUGAGAACACACACUGGUGAAAAACCUUUUGUCUGUUCAAUCUGUGGUAAAGGUUUUACAGAAAGUCGAUGG